AUGCAAUCGACUUCCACGAAGCGCGACAAAGAGCGCGCCAGUCAUCCGCACCCGCUCCGCCAUGAAGGUAGCCGACGGAUCACGAACCCGGGGACGAGACGAGGGGAGUGGGAGCGCGGACACGAGCGAGCAAAUCGGUGGAAUUGUUACAAACGCGUGAGGGCCAAGUACGGCCGCGCUACGGUACAAGUACUCUACGGUAUCGAUGGUUCGAAGAGUGCUUUUCUGAUGACGAUGUUCAAAGUCCGCCGCCGCUGGCCCUGUAUCAUUGGAUUUAUUCCGUGGGGUCUGAGUAAGAAGAAGGGGGCGUCAUAUGCUGACCUGCAGCAUAGGGUGCAUACGGCGCGUCGUAAAUGCUCUACAACAGGGAGGAAGGACGAUAACGAAGAUAACAAGGAAGACAACGUUCAACAGAGCAGGCGAAUCCUGAACAAUUAUCCAAGUGAGUUGAAACGACGGUCAUACCUCUCGGGUAGAAGCGGAGGCGAGUCAUACCAAGGUCUCAAACGCGAGGGUGAGCUGGAUGGAGGCACGGGAGACCUGGUGCACUUCGACGAGGAACAGUUGCUCAAAGGCAAUGCCUGUCGGGCCAAACUGGAUGGCCCCAGGCAGAGAGAUCCUUCGGGCGUGAUCCUGCGAAGAGAGCACAACACGCAUAUUGUCGGCUCGACGAAUGUACCUAAUGAGAGCAAGUGCGGCUUGCUCGAUGGCUGUGACAUAUGGGGAAACGGCGUACGUGAAUGCGAAACGACGGCCUUCUCGCACGCAGACCGGGCAACGCAUGUUGUGCGGCGUCUUGCAAGAACAAGGCGAUGGAGGGCUCCUGCUCGAUAG